GCUGGGCCUUUGUGCUUGCAUGUCAGCUUUAAACCCAUAGUUGUGUGUGAACGCCAGCAAGACGAUUAGGGCCGUCUUUUGUAGACAAUUAUGAUUCGUUGGGUUGAGGAGAGAUGAUUAUUGCCAGGGCAAGCAUAGGAGCGCCCCCUGACGGGAAGCAACUGCCAUUAGUUGCAUCGGGAUCACACCCGCCGGUCCGCGCUGUUUACAUGACGGCGACACAUUCCGUCGCGAGUGACCAGAGCGCGAUCUACAGGAGUAUCCCCGCGAACCCCCGCGACGACAGCCUGUAUGACCUGUACGCCAGGACCGUGAUGAACCUAAGCCCACAGCCGUACACUCGCAAUCAGGCAGCAGCACCCAUAUCCUCCAUGGAGUACGCCAAACGGAUCAACGCCCGCCCAACCACCACCCCCAAGGUGGUCGGGUUCGACUCGGGCUCCCUCCGACCGCAGCCCCUGAAGCGGGGCAUUGAAGGCUUCUUCCCUUCUGUCAAGUUGUCCGGCUCAGCAAAAAGUACGACGACCACGGGGAGUAAGACACCACUGACACCUACCAUACAGAGUCCGGCCUCCCUGAGCUUUGAAAUCGCCCCAAGCCCGGAGCUGACAGCACAUUAUUACCGAAACAAGACAAGGAGAAAGUCAAGCAAAUCUAACACAAGUUUCGCUAGUCUGGACAAAGUGGAUAGGUCAAUCCCUGAUAUAGCCUUAGCUCCAACAAGUCUGUCUACUGAGCCUGAUACGUGCAUUAGGAGGUAUCCUUACUAUACUCAGACAUAUCCUAAUGUUUUACCUAAAGAGGACAACAAGCCGGUCGGCGGAGAUCUCAGUUAUCUGCCCCGUCCAAAGAACUUCUUGGCGCGAAGAGACGUCCCUUGGAUUUAUAGAUACAAAGUGAAAAAGAACAUGAACCAGUUAUCAAAGAUUAUGGCGAGUAAAUCGGACCAUUGUCAAGCCGAGGAAUUAGUGAAGACUUAACGCAUAACGGUGACAGCGUUGAUAAUGAUUGCGAGAUUCGUCACUCCGAUUUAAUAGAGUGUUUUCACGAUCGGCCAUUUUGGAGUGCAGAACAAUGAUUUGUCAUGCCUAACUUAACUGAAUGAAAGGCUGUCAUGGUCAUUUGGGUUUGCUUUCUUUCAUAUGGGCAGGUGAUGACGUCACGUGAAACCACCGUUUCUGAAUGUGCAUGCUAAGCCCACGUGUACAUUACGAGCGUUGUCGUGCCAUGUUCAGUGCCAAUCGGGACGGACAAUGGGUGCCGUUGGUGACGCCAAUUAGUCUGAUGGUUAUGACAUCAUGGUCUGCUUAUUCAAUUUUGCGUCGAUUCCAUAGUAAGGGUUUAAAAAUGACAUGGCCACAAGAUCUUGAUUUUCAGUGCGAUUUGUUAAUUGACAUUGAAAUUGAUCAACUGCUAAAAGUACAUGUGUAGUCAGUGGUUAGGUCACAAGCAUCAGUACAUUCCCGAAGCCAUUCCACUGUCAAACUGAAAAGACCGACAAGUUUCAUCCAAUCAGUAUGAAAGAACCUUGGUCUGUUCAAUGCAGCACAAGCCUAUUGGGAUCGGUCAUGCCCAAGAUUAAUGAACCGGUCUCAGUUCACUAGUGAGUCUAGAGCACGUUAACGCAUCAGUUUCAACGACGAAUACAGCUAUCAAACGGGAUCAAUCCAAUGAUAAAGUGAGGCUAUAGCAAUGUGGUCCUUCGUCAGUCGUCGACAGGUGUCCCAACCAACUUACACUGUGCGUAAAGCUUGUACGUCGGUUAAUUAAUGCUUGUACGAUGAAUAUCAGUUUAUCAUCAAGUCAAGCAUGACCCCGCUCAAGGACCUGAAGAUAUACAUAAUUAGAAAACUUUCCACGUCCUCUGGUGUGGAGAGUCGAUUGAUAGUGAAAAUUGUAUAUAGUUUAUUUUGCAUGUCUGUAAUAAAUUCACAUGUG